AUGGAGUGGGAUGCCGACUAUGUGCCUGGCGUCAAGCUAGGCUUCCACUCGAUGCAGAUUCUGUUGGGCUUUGUCAUUUUCAUCCUCGAGAUCAUUCUAUUCCGCGCGGAUAAUGCCGUGAUAAACGGCAACAAUGGUUGGCCGUUUGGUCUGUGCUUUCUCUCCCUCCCUGCUGCCGUCUACCUGAUCAUGGCACCCCGGUGGAAACGAACACAAUUCAUUGCAAACCCGCAUGCCAUGCUGGUAUUCGACUGCGUCUUUGCCAUCUUUUGGCUGUCGGCCUUCGCCAGUCAGGCCGCCUACAACACGGCCAACUCUUGCGGUGAUGGCUGCAACAUCAGCAAGGCGAUUGUGGGCCUGGCCUUUUUCGAGCUCUUUUUCUGGGCCCUGUCGACCUUUGUCAGCGCCUACACGCUCAAGUACUACCAGUUCCACGGUGUACUGCCCGGCUAUCCCAACAUCCAGCGCAAGGGCGGUCACCAGAACAUUGACCCAGACAAGGCCGCCUUCUCCAUGGCACCCCAUGACGAGGAGGCCUACGCGCCCAUCCAUGCCGAUGACCAUGACAAUGAUGACCACGGCAUCGGUGGCGCCCCCUACAAUGCCGACUCGUACGGCGCCGGGCGCCCCAUGUUUGACAGCGAGACCGAGUACCACAGCACGACGCAGCGGCCCAUUCACGAGAAUCCCUACAACGACCACACCUACCGGGCAAACAGCACGUCGCCCGCCAAUGAUCCUUACCGGGCGCACAGCACCUCGCCUGCCAACGACCCCUACAGUGCCGGCUACGGCUUGCGGCCAGACGCCAGCAGUGGGCCGCACAUUUACGCUCCGCCCUCGGCGGAGGAUUACGAUGAUGGAAGGCCUGCGCAGUUCCCUACUGGAAACUAUGACCGGACGUUACAUUAG